AUGACAGAAUCAUGUCAGCUUGACCCGGACGUGAUGGAUGACCUCGCUGGUUUGUGCUCUGAGGACAGCAGCGGCGACUCGCAACACAUUCUGCCCGGUGGCUCGGAGGAGAAAGAACACGUGAAGGUCUACCUCCGCGUCCGACCCCUGACGGCGACCGAGUCGCAGAUACGUGCCGGCUUGGGCAUUUGUUCAGAGGGCUGCUUGUCCGUGGAGCCGCCCGAUACCAUUUUGGUCAGACCGAAGUCGGCCAACCUCGGCUCCGAGAAAGUCUUCGCGCACGCAGCUCAGCGCUUUCAGUUCUCGCAGGUUUACGGUCCGGACACCAGCCAAAAGGAGUUGUUCCGAGGAACGGUCAAGGAACUGGUCGGACAUGUUCUCCACGGAGGGAAUUCUCUGGUCUUCACGUACGGUGUGACCAACGCUGGCAAAACCUUCACUUUUUUAGGGACGGACGACGAUGCCGGCAUCCUGCCCAGGUCCCUGGACCUCAUCUUCUCCAGCUUGGGGGAGAAGGUCUCGGACCGCCCGGACGUCAAGCCCCAUCGCUGCCGAGAGCUCGUCAGGCUGAGCGAGGAGCAGCGAGCCCAGGACGCUGCCUUCAAGGACAACCUGCUGAGACGCCUCAAAAGCGGAAGCGACAGCACAUUGGGGAGCGACGACAGCAAGACAUUCUUUCAAGGCGAGUUUCUUUGUACUGCGGAAGAGCGACUGAGCCUGGGAGAGGAAGCCCACGACAAGUUCUCCGUCUGGGUCUCCUUCUGCGAGAUCUACAACGAGAACAUCCACGACCUCCUGGAGGCGGCGCCCGGCGGCACGGGCCGCAGGACGGCCCUGCGCUUGUCUCAGGACGCCCAUGGCAAUGCCUUCGUUAAAGACCUGCGCUGGGUGCAAGUGGACGACGCCGAUGAGGCCUACAGAGUUGUCAAGCUGGGCAAAAGUAACCAAAGCUUCUCCUCCACAAAGAUAAACCAGCUUUCCAGCCGAAGUCACAGCAUCUUCUCCAUUCGCAUUCUGAGGACAAAGGACGGGGAAUCUCCACCAGAGGUCGCCAUCAGCGAGUUGUGCCUGUGCGACCUGGCCGGCUCGGAACGCUGUGACAAGACUCAAAACCAAGGCCAACGGCUGAAGGAGGCGGGAAACAUUAACUCCUCGCUGCUCAUCCUGGGAAAGUGCAUCAACGCGCUUCGUCACAACCGCAAUGCAAAAGCACCGCAGCACGUGCCUUUCCGCGAGAGCAAGCUGACUCAUUAUCUGCAAGGCUUCUUAAGCGGCGGCAGCAAAGUACGCAUGUUGGUUAACGUCAGCCAAUGCGCGUCAGCCAUCGACGAGACCCUUCGCGUGCUCAAGUUCUCCGCCUUGGCGCAGAAGGUGGUGCUCGUGCCCAGCCGGGCCCCUCCUGCCCCGCCCAACAAGGAUCCGAGGAUUACUCAGAUUGACCAGGACAAUGGACCGGAGGAGGAGGAAGGUGAUGAGGAAGACUAUGGUUCAACCAAGCACAUGAUGUCUCAAAGUGAGGACGAGGACGACUUUGAGGACGACAUUCAGGAUGAAAUCAUCAGUGGAAUGACAAAUGAGCAGCAGGUGGCGCUGGUGAGGCGCCUCCGCCUGGAGCUGAGGAAGGAGCGUGCGGAAAAAGCUUCAGCGGAAGCUCGCGUCCGAGAGGACCUCGGCGCAGAGUUGGGCGGAUUGGUCGCCAAGAUGCAGGACGACUUCACCGAGCGGCUGGCCAGAGAGAAGGAACUCUUGGAGGAGCGCGCGGAGGAACGUCUGGAGAUAUUCAAGAUGUUGACUGACAAGAUGGCAGCCUGCACUGAAGAUCACCAUCAAGAAGCAGAGAAGGAGGCCCAGAUGGCCGCUCUGCGUCAGGAGUUAGGGGAAGAGCGUGAAGAGGCAUUGCGGGAAAGUCGGCGGCGUGAGGCGGAGCGGAGGCGGGAGCUACUGGCCGUGGCGCACGAAGCCAUCGAGCAGAAGGAUGCCGAGCUGGAGAAGAGGGCGCUCCAAAUCGCCCAACUGGAGGACCUUUCCAAAGAGAACUCCGACAAAGUCAAGAAUCUGACGCUGGACUUGGAGAAGAAGGAGGAGCUCUGCGGCGAGUUCCGAGAGAAGCUGGCCGACUACAAGAAGCAAAUCCAGCAGGUCCACAAAGAAAUCUCUGCCACCAAAGAAGAAGAUGAGCUCCUAAGACGCAAAAUAGGCGAUGCCGAGAAGCUGAAGAAGAAGCUUCAGGCCGACCUCACAAGCAAAGACAGAACAAUUCAACAACUCAAGACGGAUCAGGCGGCAGAGACCCAGCGCAACGAGAACCUACGGUUGUACCACGAAGCUUGUCGAGAGCUGGAGGCUAAUCGGCGGCUGGCGGACGACAUGCGCUCGACCCUGCUGGAGCAGGAGGAGACGCAGGAGCAGAUGGAGCGUGCGCUAGAGGAGAAAGUCGAACUCAUCCAGGAACUCCGCCGUGAGUUGGAACAAGUCAAGGAGAUGUCAACGGGGCGGAACGGCGAAGACGACGUGUUGCCUGACGUCACGGUGACCCGAAGGGAAGACACCGUUCUCGCUCAGGAGAGUCUCAAGGUCACCUGCGGGAUGUUAUUUAUUGACUGUCCCUUCGAUCUGGAGAAGGCUGAUGACAGGGUGCCCACAGAGGAGCUGUGGUUUUGUAUGAGGAAGUCUGGAGUGGCAGAGAAGUAUGUUCAAGUGGUGGAGGACAUGUUUGAGGACUAUGACAUUGUGAUCUGUAGUGAGAGCAGGGAAGAGGUGGAGAAGAAACUCGAGGGGUUGAAGCUUUCGGAGGAAAAACACGAGGCGGAGCGGCUCAAGUGGCGGGAAGAGAAGCUGUCUCUGAUUGGUCAGAUUAAGGAGGCGGAGCAAAAGCGCAACCAGGAAGUUAAAAAAUUCGCCGAGGACCGGGAACGCUACCUGGCGCGGCAGGCUCAGCUGGAGGCGGAGCUUGUGGAUAAAGAGGAAAAGAUGGAGAGCUGGAGGAAGGAACGAGACGUGCUGGUUGCCGGCCUGGAAGUGCAGAUGAGGAAGCUCCUGGCUAGCAUUGCCCAAAAAGACCAGAUUAUUCAGCAGCUACGCUGCAACAGCACACAGUCGCAACCAGAGGGCUCGUCGGGCGACCCGUCGCUGCUGGAGUCAUCGCAGAUCUCCACGGAAAACGGGCACACCAGCCGCUUUCCGCAGCCCGAGUUGGAGAUCUCCUUCAGCCCGCUGCGUCCCGACCGACUGGCGUUGCGACGGCAGGGCAGCACGGAGGCAGUCACCGUCAAGAUCACGCCCUCCACUCGCAAGAGGAAGAGCGCCGACAAGAAUGAAGUGGAGGUGGAGAACGAAAAAAACAGCAAAGCCACGGCGACGCUGAACCAGGGCCAAGACAAGGUGCAAUCGGCGACGUCGCCAGGUGGCGCCAGCGUGCACUCCCGCAAAGAAGGAACGCUGCAAAAGAUCGGAGACUUCCUCCAAAGUUCUCCCACCCUCAUCGGCUCCAAAGCCAAGAAGAUGAUGAGCCUGGUGAGUGGCGUGGAUCUGAGUGCCUCAUCGUCUCCCGCAAAGAAGAGCAAACGCAAAUUGUUGGCCGCCGACAUCUCUUCUCCCAUGGACAUGCCCGCCCACCCGAUGAUCAAGAAUGUCUGCGAAGACAAACAAAGCGAUUAUCUGAGCAUCAAAAGACGACUUCGCUCCCGAGUCGGCAAAUAA